AUGCGGUUAUAUCUGCGCGGUCUGGAGCCGACUGCAGAGCUCUACCCCCUUAUCUUUGAUGGACAGGAUAUAGACUCCAGCACGCCCGAGUCAGUUCGUCUCCGAUCUCUCACCCUUUUCCGAGAUCUUGUAUCAAAUCCUACUCUAGGUGCUACAAACAUAGAGGCUCUGGGAUCCAAACAGAAACUGACCCUCGCAACUGGAGUGCGCGAUCUAUUCAUUGCCGAUUAUCAUGGCCUCUUAGACAAACAUGAAAGAAAACUCCUAAAAGAACUAGUAGCGAUUAUCAAAGUGCCCUUGGACCCGAUAUAUAUGAAUGGAGUUAUGCUAUCAUUUCAUCCUUCUGCAGAUUUCACAUGUGUCAAGUUCAUUGAAGAUUUGGACGGAAAUCUUCAGGACAGGAACAUCCAACCCUUCAUACGAUGCCUAAGUGCACCCAGGCUUUUCGCCGUAUUUGUCAGGGCAACAGAUCUUUCGUAUCACAGCUUUGAAAACAUUGUCCAUUUAGACACGUGGUUCGAGGCGAGCCUAGCAGACCACGGACAGGAUGGUCUAGAAACGUCACUCAACGAGUCUAUACAGCCCUCUCCAAAACAUGAAAUCUACACAUGCAAGCUUCAGGACGAAACCACUGGCGCUUUACUCAGCUCUCUAUCGUCUCUAGAUCUCUAUGUUCCUCCGCUGAACAAGGAGACUCGAGGAGGCGAUCGUUUCAUUUUUCAUUCAUCGAUCUUGAGCAAGGCCUUGACAAACGCAGUCCGGUCUAGCGGAAUGCUCGAUAAGAUAGAAAAUGGAAGCCUGGCCUCAUCUUUCGAGUUUGUCAAUUAUAUCUUCAGGUACAACCGGUUUGCUCCUGGAGACAGCAACUUCGAAAGCCAUUUGGACACACCGUACUAUGAUUCUGCUCGCUCCCAUGUCUCAAAGUACACCCUUCUCAUUUACAUAACUGGAGGGCACAACAACCCAGUCCUACGCGUCAAUGACAUUUCCUUCAAUGAGGUAGAGGAAAUGUCCUGUGUCAUUUUCAAUCAAAGCUACGAGCACGAGGGCCGACCUUUUCUGGACGGAUCCAAAAUCUUCCUCCGUACCGAGUUGAUAUUCAAGGACACUGAUCUCCAGCAUGACCCCACGAUCGGUCGUAUCUUCAGCGAGGCAUGCUACAUGACGAGUCAAAGUGUGUUCGAUCAGGACACAUCUUUAUCAUUACAUGCCCACGAAUGCUUCGAGAGAGCGAAUGCCUUGCAUUGGGGCCUCGAGAAGACGGCUUCGCACCGAUCUGUGUACCUAUGGAAACAGUUCCAGGGCGUGAACUUUGUGACCAACGGUUACAACUAUUGGUUCGACAAAAAUGCUGGCACGGAUCUAAGGGAUUGCGCUGUCGUAGCAACGCUAGAUUACCUCAACUGCAAAGUCGGAAGCCGCCCGUUCCGCUCACGUUGUGCUUCGAAGAAGAUAGAAGAGAAGAUCUCCAAUGAUGCUGAGAUUUGGACAUUUCUCUCCUCUCAUAUGCGCGAAGGUGUGAAAGGCUUCAGGAGAUUGACGGAGGGUACUGUGGAUUCCCUUCUAGAGGGCCCCAGCAAGCCGUUCACAGGUCGUUUAGAUGACUGGGAUGGAGAAGAAGAUGAGCUACCAGAGUUUGAACAAGACGGAGAUGGAUGCUGCCCGAUGCAUUCAUUUCCCAUGUUCAACCCAGCGAAGAGUGCCGAGGUCAUGGAAUGCUACGAGCUAUGCCGGAGCUAUUCGCGCAAACGGCUCCUCAGCACACCUUUACUUCUUCUGGGAAAUGAAGUGACAAUCAACGACGCCAAUAUCAAGAUUAUCGGAGACAAAAUCUUUAUCUUGAGGGACAGCCAGCAGUCACCUUUUCCGCCUAUCAACUUCGCAGCUUGCUGGGGGGAUGAGCCGAUGCCUCCUGAAUUCGUAGUGGUUGGAAGCGAAAUCCCAGCGCCCGGCCUUCUACUGCCUCCAAUCACAUUCCAUGAGUGCGAGGAAGGGUAUCAGCUCAGUCUCGGCUUUUUCAAAAACGACUGGAUGGUGCGGGUGGAUGACAAGCGAACCAUCCCCGUACCAGAUCUGACCGAGAAGCCUGAAGAUGAGACACCAUUUUCAGAGAAGAUACCAGAGACUGCCGAUGGAAUGGAAAAGAUCUUUGAGUAUCAUUUUGAGUAG